AUGCUGCAGCAGGAGUUUUGUAGAAUAGUCACGUACGAGAGACAAAAAUCAGAGCAGCCUGUUGAAAUAACAAAAUUCAAAAAACGACCCAAUGAAACGCCAAAAAAAUUGCCCAACACAAUGGGCAUCAAAGAUAUUGAUUUAGACUUGCUAUCUUCUUCUCCUUCUUCGUCUUACAAGCUUACCAAGAGUUUUUCCACCAGCCCAAAGUCAUUUGACGCGCCUGCAGCAAGAAUAGAAAUACCGCUGCCUGACCCCUUCAGACAGGAAUUGAAGAGCAGCUUAGAUCGUCGGCGCAAGAUAUCUGACAAUGCCGAUUACGAUAAACUCGUUCAAGAAAACCGUAAUUAUGAAUUGAAUCGACAGUCGAGAAUAAGAACUAAAUCCUCCCAUUCGGACGACUCUCAAUUGGAAAGCGAUAAUGAUGAAAGAUUUUUAUCCCGAGUCGAUGAGAAUCCCAAGAGACUAGACAAGCCAGAGUCCAAGCUCAGUGUCUCGCUGAGAGAAGACUCGGGUACUCAAAGCGGUCGUCAGAGUCCCAGUGUGUCCAAUAGAAAUAGCAGAAGUUUGGAUUUAGAUUCAAAACAAUUUUCUCUUCGCACUGAGAGGAGUUUAAGCCCGAAGCCAAAUUACGGAAGACAAUUAACUGUCGCCGGACAGAUUGCCAACGAAGAAGCAGAUGCUAAUAAUGCAAGCAGUGAUUGCAAAAUUCUUAAUGACAAGCGUCGCACUUGGGCCGUCGAAGAAUUAAUGUCUGAGUUGACGCAGAUGUGUCGUGAGAGAGUAAAUAAUAAAAAACCACCAAACUUUCAGCUGAAGAGCACGGAAAUAAAAGGAAACUUUGAUCCGUUGGAUGAACUCACUCGGGAGCUACAUGAGAUGAAUUUACAAAAAUCUGAGGGAAGUACUCCGCAAGGAGAGACACGGGGUGAAUUUAAAUCCAAUGACGGCUCGCCCAGCAAUGUUUGCAAGAUAUCGAUAAACUCUACAAGUGGGAGCAGAGCACAUGAUUUAAAUUCGAUAAAUACAACAGUUGUGAUUGGGAGAGACGACGAUGAACUUGAGGAUAUUACUGAGCACUCAAAUAUAUCCGAAGCUUCUGAUUUGUCGGAUACUUCUUUAGCGUUCCGUUAUCCGAAAGUCGAAAAGUCAACGUUUACUUUUUGCACUGGUGAAGUAUUACCGCAAUCUAAACCGCUAAAGUCACCCAAGUCACCGAAAAUAGACGAGUACAACGAGGCUAACAUAUUGAACGACUGCUCGCCGGAUGAUAAAUUUGAUAAUCGAUCAUUAUCACUUGAUAAGCAAUCGCAUUAUCUUAAGAGCGCGACAAUUACAACAACAACGACAGCGAAUAAUGAUACGAGUCACUCAAGUCCGGACAAUGAUCACGAGUCAUCGGGUUACUCUAACUUUAAAAUACGUCACACGGGUAAAGUUAAAAUGCGUCCUAAAGCUAAAGUUAAAUCUGAUAUUGGUGAAACGCGAGGGGAAUUAAAAUUAACACCCUCGUUGGAAAAACUUGCCAGUGAAAUUCAAUUUUUGCCGGCUAAAAAAACAAAUAUUGUUAAUCAUCACACCAGCAAUCACAAUCAUAAUCAUAGUCAUAGUGAUAGUCAUAGUCAUAAUCAUAAUCAUAAUAGUAAUAAUAAAAUAUAUAAAAAUACGUCGUCGUUAAACGAAAGUAUGAGUGACGGUGACGCGUAUGACGACAGUGGUAUCCACGACGAAACGUAUAGAUCUGAAGAUUCUGGGAGUGGCAGGCGUAAUAUUAUUUACAGUAAUAGCUUCAAAACAAAGCGUGAAGGCAGGUACUUUCAUCGCCAUGAAUUUACUGACGAUGAUGAUGAUGAUGAAGAGGAUGAUGAUGACAAUGAUGAUGAUGAUGAUGAUGAGGACGAUGACGGGAUAAUUAGUGCUGCUAGAAAGUGCAAUUUAAAGAAGAGCUCGACGCUCCAUUGUGCUACGAUACCUGAAAACUAUCGCCGGUUCAGAAUUAGCAACAACUUUGCUGCUAUUCUGGCGAGAUCCAAGAGAAGAAGCAGGAGUUUGAGUGAUUUGAAUUCUUUUGAAGAUGAAGAAGACAUCAUGGAAGAAAAUGUUACCUAUCCUCAGAAUUCACCCAAGAUAAAACCGGUGCCUCUCCCGAGGACCAAGAUCCCGGCGAUAAAAUCCGAGGAUGAGUUGUCAACGAGGCUAGAAGACAAGCGGGAAGAAAUGGGAACUGUUGCGCCGCUGCCCAGGAAAACUAUCACCAAGAAAGACUACCCGGAAGUUUGGGUGAACUCGAAGCAAGUUUCAGGGUACAGGGGCCAGACGCCGGAGGUUGAUAUCGAGUCCAGCACUGCCGUGGGCUUCAAGAGCUUGCUUUGCACUUCUGACAGCGGCUCGGAUAACUGCCUUCAAUCAAAAGAACUCGUAAACAACGAUUCCAACGAACGUCAUGAUAGUUGUAAUUAUAGUAGUAAUUUUAAGAACCGGGGACUGGAAAAGUCGAGCUCUGGGGCAAAUUUGAGGAAAGAUGGAGUUAAAGUUAGAGAAAGUCCGUUAGAUGAACAAAUUCUUAGCUCCAAUGCUAGUUCUGAAGCUCUUCAAAGUCAGUCGGAGUCUGAAUUUACCGGUGGGUUGGAUGCUUCUUCGCAACCGAGUCCUGUGAGUACCAGGGUGGCUCCAGAGUGCUACGAGUGCGCAAUUGAUUUACCGCCUGGCUGGACACAAAAGUAUGAUCCUCAUACUGAUCAAAUUUGCUUCAUCAAUGAACAGGCUACGAUGAAUGACGAGCAGAAUUUAAUGGAGGAGAAGAGCAUUCUCGCAUGUGUUCCACGUGUUAUUGGGCAUAAUCCGACAACUAGUACUAAUUACGGUUUAUCGAGUUUCUCCAAGGCUGAGAUUCCCGCCUACGAAUGGCUGUCUGACGAUCUGAGAAGCAAAAUAAUUCAGAGUUGUCAGCACGUUCCUACAAGACAAGGGUACCCUGUUGUCGACUGGUUGAAGCAGAUAAGGAGCAAUUGUGAUUUUUGUGAAACUGGAACCAUGUCUCAGACGACAAUCAAUGUUACCACUAACUCAAAUAAUAAUUUUUAUUUAAAUUCCAGUCUCGAAAGUGAUAACACCAGAGACGUCGAUGAUGAAUCAAGCAAUUACGAUGAAGAGAUUAAUAAUAUAGAGUGUGAAUUAAACCCAAAAGGAAAUCCGGAAAACGAGCUUGUGGGAACUAGAGUAGGCGAGGAACAUAAUAAGGAAAAUAAUAUUAAUAUUACAAGCGAGGAAGUGGGAUUCUCGUGCUGCUUAGAUGACGUCGCUGACUCUGAUAGCGAAAAUGUUGAUAAUUUGAGCAACAUGAGUGAGUUUAUGCCCGAUGGACAAUUCCCGGACACGAGCAGUCACAGUUGGUCUUUUUCUGAGCUCACAAUGUACCCCAGGAGAAUUGUGUGCUGCGUUGAUUUAAUUCGCGAUGAAAGCGGGUACUUUACGUCCUGCCAGACUAGCUCUUUUGAAGAUUUACCGGAGCCUAAGCUGGUUAUGGAGCAUGAUGAUACUGACGCUCUGAUGGUGUGUCAAAAAUUCCUAGAUGAAACAACCUCGGUGGUUGCUAAAGCUGAUAGAUUACGAAACGAUUCAUCGGGGAGUAUGUCAACAAUUCCUGGAUCGUGCGACAUCGGUUCUUAUAAAGCCAGUUAUCAUUUGGUGGAAGAGAAUACUGAUUUACAUACCAGCGGUAGCAGUACUGCCAGCGAGCCGAUCGUUAUGAAUUGCGAAAAUAACUUGUCAUUAAGUAAUGUCAAUUUAAAAGUGAACGUGACGUUUCCGAGUGAUGCGGAUGCAGCUGCCGCUGGUAAUGUGCGUUGGAUACAAACUUUUAAUGAUUUUGAUUCACAUGACAGAAAUAGUAAAAGUAUAAAUAAUAAUGUUAUUUAUGAUUAUGAUUGUAAGUUUGUGUCUAAUGAACAGUUGUAUAAAUCUUGUGAUAAUUUAGACACGGAUAAUACGCGGCUAUCAAAAAUGGAAGACUCAAUCGGGUCUGGAAGCUCGUAUUUGCAGGAGGUUGAUGAAGAAGUGGAGGAGUGUACGUCAUUUGAUGAUAAAUAUUCCCAGACAGUUAUUUAUGAAAAUUGGAAUACGUGUUUAACCAGUGAAUGCUCGUCACAGUCGCUGGAUGAUACUCGAACCUCGGAAUUUUAUUCGCCGAUUGAAUUUAAUGAAACGGCCUUUGAUGAAGCUGCGGGUAUUAAUAAUUUUUGUGAUUAUGAUGAUGAUGAUGAUGAUAAUUAUAGUGGCGUUGAUAAAUUUAGACGGAGAAAAGGAUCUACUUCGAGUGAUAUUUUAAUGUGGAAAAAAAAUUUAUUGUUUUUUAAUAUGGAUGAUGAAGACGAUAUGCGACAGUGGUUUUCUUCAAACGACGAUGAAGGCAAGAUAUACUUUUUCGAGGAGAACAGCAAUGAAUCUUCAUGGGUACUACCAACAGUCACGGUUAGCAAAUCUCAAAGCAAUGCACCUGCUCAUAAAGAAGAAAAGCCGAUGGAAGAGGAUAGUAACGCAACAAAUGAAUUUUCUCAACCAGAAAAUCUUCAAGCUGGUGCACCUUACACCAAUCAAAACUUGAGUAAUAACGACACGAUGUCAGUAUCUGGGUCAAAAAAGCCGGGGCUGAGCGACUGGCCUCAGCUGUCAUUCGACGGGAAUAUGAAAAUUCUCAAAGAGGGCUCGAUAAGUCGCACCAAGAUCACGGAAAACGGAAAAAAACUACGCAAAAACUGGAGUACUUCCUACGCCGUGCUUACGGAAUUAUUUUUGCUUUUUUUCAAAGACUCGAAAACAUUUAAUACGAUGAUGAAGAGCGGUCAGUCGCCCAUAGCUAAGCCCGACAUAUCGGUUGAUCUGAAUGGGGCGAUUAUUGAGCCCGGCGAGCGAGCUAGUAGCAGAAAAAAUGUUUACAUGAUUAGUACCGUACUUGGUCUUCAAGUACUUAUUCAAAGUGAUAACACAGCACUCGCUGCUGAAUGGUUUCAAGAGAUACAUGGAGCCAUACGAAAACUGCCAUUCAGCUUCAAAUCUCAAGCAAAGCCUUUUGCUGGACCACCGGAAGUACGUAAGAUCAGUAAUAGUAAAUUAUCGACUGAUCAAUCUGAAGAGUCAAAGAAGUCAUCCAAGGUCGCAAGAUCUCGGUCUAUGAAAACGGUAAAAAGACUUGAUGACUCGCUUGAAGAUCUGAGCGGAACUGUUGCCGAAAGACAGACUAAAAUAAAGGCUAAAUUACGUCGAUUUUUCCAACGACGUCCCCCCGUUGAAUCUUUAGUUAAAAAUGGAAUUUACAAAAAUGAACCGGCAUUUGGCUCUUAUUUAAAAGACGUUUGUCCAACGGAACAUCCACGAGUGCCCCUGUUUGUUAAAACAUGUAUCGAAGUGCUAGAAAGUAAUGAAGAAAACAUGAAGACUGACGGUUUGUACCGAGCCAGUGGGAAUUUGAGUCAAAUCCAAAAAAUACGCCUGCAAGUUGACCAGUACAAUCUCAACGUUUUAUCUCAAGAGGAAGACGUUCAUGUAUUGACGGGUGCAUUAAAAUUAUUCUUCCGCGAGCUUAAGGAACCGUUGAUACCAUCGAGUUUUUUCAAGGAAGCACUUAAUGCCAGUAUGCUGAAGAAAGCCUCCGCAAAGAUACAAUGCUUCCGUGACAUUGUUAAAGCAUUACCGCCGGCAAAUUAUGACACGCUGCAGUUUUUACUGAAGCAUCUUUUAAAGGUAACUUCUUACCAAGAGUUCAAUCGUAUGCAUAUACCAAAUUUGGCAAUAGUAUUUGGUCCAACGUUGAUGUGGCCAGCUGAAGAAAGCGCAAAUAUGGCUUUAGAUCUUAUGCAACAAAAUUUAGUUAUCGAAUGCCUUUUGUCUGAGUACAAUAAGAUUUUCAAAUAG